AACACGACAAGGCGAUCCGUGGAAAUUAACGGUGACGUUUCUGCUAUCGCACAAGACUAUGCGUUAUGGCUCGAGGAGAUAUGUUUUCAGGAGUCAAGCACCGUGUUGACGCUGUGGCCGGAUCGGAAGACCAUACGCUGUAGCUGCACCACCAGAUUGGCUACGAUUUGCGCUUAUAAUAACUGGGGACCGUGGAUGCUAAUUGUGGUAUUUCUGCGACUCGGAAUGGACAAAUAAUGUGACAUGUGGCGGAUUUAAUGACAAGUGGGUUGCAUCUGAUGGCUAGAUAUUAUCUAGCUGUGAUAUCUUUUGUGUGAUAUAUGCAUUGUUCUCCAAAACGAUGAUGUGUGCUGCUGCGGCAGCGGCCGCCGGUGGAGGGAUUCUGCCCUCCUCAUCGCCGUCGAUGGGGCUGGGUGUCAGGGUCAUUUCUGGAGCAGGAGCCGAUCUCUCCACCAUUGGUUCGGGAAUGGGUUCUUGUCCGACACCCGGAGCCCAGUCGGAUUGUCGGACUCGGUACCAGCUUUUACUCUCAGGGCGAGCUCUGGCCGAAAGAUACAGGCGGAUUUAUACCACCGCUAUCAAUGAUAAAGAGCAAGGCAUAAAUCAAGGAAGGGGAAAGAAGGCCUUGAGUAAGAAGAAACUGAAAAGGCGACAGAAGGUCAAGUCAAAAGUAAAAUCAAGAACAAAGGCCGAGAGUCUAGAUGGAGCCCUCUGCGUGCCGGACAUCAAGCUGCACAGCAACCCAUCUGCAUUCAAUGUCUACUGCAACGUGCGGCACUGUGUGCUGGACUGGCAGCAGAGAGAGGCCUCCCUAGCGCUGGCUUCCAGGAGCUCGGUGCAGAGCGGCGACUCAGACAGCGAGGAGGAGGAAGAGUACCGCGAGCCAGCCGUGAAGCUGCCAAAGAUCAUUGGCAUCGGCCUGUGUGGGGUAUUUGAGCUGAUUAAGGAGACUCGGUUCUCUCACCCCUCGCUGUGCCUGCGUAGCCUGCAGGCCUUGUUGGACAUGCUGCAGGGACAACAGCCUGAGGGCUUUCAGACUGAGCCUCCCGAUGUGCUAGAAUCUCUCUUCCAGUUGUUGUUGGAGACCACGGUCCGGAGCACAGGGCCCAAUGACCCGACAGGACAGGCCAUCACUGCUCUGUCCUGCGCCUGCCUCUUCAGUCUGGUGGUGGCCUGGGGUGACACCGGCAAAAUCCUGCAGGCCGUCUCCGCCAUCCUCACCAACAACGGCAGCCAUGCCUGCCAGACAAUACAGGUGCCCACCAUACUGAACGCGCUACAGAGGAGUGUACAGGCUGUCCUGGUGGGAAAGAUUCAAAUUCAGGAUUGGUUUGGGAAUGGCAUCAAACGCGCAGCCCUGAUGAACAAGUGGGUCCUGAAAGAGGUGGCCAUCGACGAGGAUGAGCGCUGUCUUCUACAGACUGAUGGCUCCUUCCUCUACUUGCUCUGCAAGGACGGGCUCUACAAAGUGGGCUCUGGAUACAGCGGCACUGUCAGGGGCCACGUGUACAACUCCACGUCUCGUAUCAGGAAUCGAAAGGAGAAGAGAUCGUGGCUGGGCUUUGCUCAGGGGUACUUGUUGUAUCGGGACACAAGCAACCACACUAUGUCGGCCAUCAAGAUCAACCCUGAGACUCUGGAGCAUGAGGGGACUGUCAUCAUGCCAGGUCAACAUUCAGACGGACAGAACAUCAUCUUCACGGACGGAGAGUACAUCAACCAGAUUGCUGCCUGUAAAGAUGAUGGUUUUGUGGUGCGGAUCUAUACUAUGAGCUCAGACCCGGCCCUGCAGCAGGAACUGCAGCUGAAGCUGGCAAGGAAAUGUCUGCACGCCUGCGGCAUCUCUCUCUUUGACCUCGAGAAGGAUCUGCACAUCAUCAGCACAGGCUUUGAUGAAGAGGCAGCAUUGCUUGGAGCGGGCAGGGAGUUUGCUCUGAUGAAAACUGCCUCGGGAAAGAUUUACUACACAGGAAAGUACCAGAGCCUGGGUAUAAAGCAGGGCGGCCCGUCAGCAGGUAAAUGGGUGGAACUGCCCGUCACCAAGUCUCCCAAGAUCGCUCAGUUCUCCGUCGGCCAUGAUGGGUCUCAUGCACUGCUUGUGGCUGAAGACGGAAGUGUGUUCUUUACCGGCUCUGCCAGCAAGGGAGAGGAUGGAGAGUCCACUAAAAGUCGCAGACAGCCCAAGCCGUACAAGCCCAAGAAGAUGAUCAAAUUGGAGACUAAGACAGCAGUGUACACCGCUUGUAACAAUGGCAGCAGCAGCAUCGUCACCAAGGAUGGAGAGCUCUACAUGUUUGGCAAAGAUGCUAUUUACAGUGACAGCACCUGCCAGGUGACAGACCUCAAAGGUCAAUUCGUAACUCAGGUUGCCAUGGGUAAGGCCCAUACGUGUGUUCUGACCAAGAGCGGUGAAGUGUGGACAUUUGGCGUGAAUAACAAGGGCCAGUGUGGCAGAGACACCGGAUCGAUGAGCCAAGCAGGGAAAACGUUCGGCGUGGAGAGCAUGGCCACAGCCAUGGAUGAAGACCUGGAGGACGAGCUAGAAGAGAAGGAAGAGAAGAGCAUGAUGUGCCAGCCUGGCAUGCACAAGUGGAAGUUGGACCAGUGCAUGGUCUGCACGGUGUGUGGAGACUGCACUGGCUACGGUGCCAGCUGUGUCAGCAGUGGACGGCCAGACAGAGUGCCAGGAGGUAUCUGUGGCUGCGGGUCUGGAGAGUCUGGCUGCUCUGCGUGUGGCUGCUGCAAAGCCUGUGCAAGGGAGCUGGAUGGUCAAGAGGCCAGACAGAGAGGCAUCUUCGACGCUGUGAAGGAGAUGAUUCCGCUGGACCUGCUGCUCGCUGUGCCUGUCCCUCCCCCUCCAGGAGUAAACAUUGAGGAGCACAUUCAGAUUCGUCAGGAGGAGAAACGACAGAGGAUCAACCGCCGCCACAGGCUGGAGGAGGGCAGAGGCCCCCUUGUUUUUCCUGGUCCCAUUUUUAUGAACCAGCGUGAGCAGGCCCUAGCCAGAAUAAGACCCCUUCAAGCACUAAGGCAUAAACGGGACAAGCACAAAGAUGGCAGCAGUGAGCGUGGGGAGAAGGAUGCCAGUAAAAUCACCACCUACCCCCCGGGGGCAGUGAGGUUUGACUGCGAGCUGCGAGCUGUGCAGGUCAGCUGCGGUUUUCACCACUCAGUGGUGCUGAUGGAGAAUGGAGAUGUCUACACGUUUGGGUACGGCCAACACGGGCAGCUCGGGCACGGAGAUGUCAACUCCAGGGGUUCUCCAACUCUGGUGCAGGCCCUUCCAGGUCCCAGCAUACAGGUGACGGCAGGCAGCAACCACACAGCCGUUCUUCUCAUGGAUGGACAGGUGUUUACAUUUGGCAGCUUCUCGAAAGGGCAGCUUGGCCGGCCCAUCCUAGACAUGCCCUACUGGAAUGCCAAGCCAUCCCCCAUGCCCAACAUUGGUGCCAAAUAUGGACGAAAGGCUACCUGGAUUGGUGCCAGCGGCGACCAGACGUUCCUGCGGAUCGAUGAGGCUCUUAUCAACUCCCAUGUCCUAGCUACUUCAGAGAUCUUUGCCAGCAAACACAUUAUUGGCCUUGUGCCCUCCUCAGUGUCUGAACCGCCUCCAUUUAAAUGCUUGCUCAUCAACAAAAUGGAUGGAAGCUGUAGGACCUUCAAUGACUCUGAGCAGGAGGACCUGCAGGGAUUCGGCCUGUGUUUGGACCCUGUGUAUGAUGUCAUAUGGAGGUUCCUGCCAAUCUCAAGAGAGAUGCUGUGCUACAAUGCAGUAAUAGCUGAUGCCAGGAUGCCCUCUGCCACGGACCUACAGGCUCGCUGUAGCAUCCUUAGUCCAGAGCUUGCAUUGCCCUCAGGAUCACAUGCCACCACUACCCGCUCUCAUGGAGCCCUACACAUCCUUGGGUGCUUGGAUACACUGGCAGCCAUGCAAGAGCUUAAGAUGGGUGUAGCCAGUGCAGAGGAAGAAACCCAGGCUGUGAUGAAGGUCUACUCCAAGGAGGACUACAGUGUGGUGAACCGCUUUGAGAGUCACGGUGGUGGCUGGGGCUACUCGGCCCACUCUGUGGAGGCCAUCCGCUUCUGUGCUGAUGCAGACAUCCUGCUGGGUGGGCUGGGCCUGUUCGGGGGACGUGGGGAGUACACUGCCAAGAUCAAGCUUUUUGAGCUGGGACCUGAUGGGGGUGACCAUGAGACAGACGGUGACCUGCUGGCUGAGACUGACGUACUGGCCUAUGACUGCGCUGCCAGGGAGAAAUAUGCCAUGAUGUUUGAUGAGCCGGUGCUGCUGCAGCUGGGCUGGUGGUAUGUGGCGUGGGCCCGAGUGUCUGGUCCCAGCAGUGAUUGUGGCUCCCAUGGACAGGCUACCAUUACUACUGAUGAUGGUGUGGUCUUUCAGUUCAAAAGCUCCAAGAAGUCAAACAACGGUACAGAUGUUAACGCGGGUCAGAUACCACAGCUGCUUUACAGGCUUCCUUCAAAUGAUGGCAAUGCAUCGAAAGGGAAACAGCAGACCAGUGAACCAGUCCAUAUCCUCAAACGCUCAUUCGCUCGUACAGUCUCAGUUGAGUGCUUUGAGUCUCUGCUCAGUAUCCUUCACUGGAGCUGGACCACCUUGGUUUUGGGUGUGGAGGAGCUGCGAGGCCUGAAGGGUUUCCAGUACACAGCCACCCUGCUGGACCUGGAGAGACUGCGCUUUGUUGGCACGUGCUGCCUCCGCCUGCUCAGGGUCUACAUCUGUGAGAUCUUUCCCAUCGCUGCCAGCACCAAAGCUGUGGUGGAGGAGUCGAGCAAGCUGGCAGAAUGCGUGGGAAAGACACGCAGUCUGCUGAAGAAGAUCCUGUCAGAAGGCAUGGACAACUGCCUGACCAAGCUGGACAACGACCCACAGGGCUACUUGUCUCAGCCUUUAACCCUGCUGGAGGCUGUGCUGCAGGAGUGCCACAACACCUUCACUGCCUGCUUCCACUCUUUCUACCCAACCCCAGCUCUGCAGUGGGCCUGCCUCUGUGACCUGCUCAACUGCCUGGACCAGGACAUUGCUGAAGCCAACUUCCGAACGUCCAGCAGCCGUCUGCUGGCGGCCGUAAUGUCAGCCCUGUGCAACACCUCAGUCAAGUUGACAUCCAUCCUGCCCAUCGCGUACGACGGGGAAGUGCUGUUACGUUCACUGGUCAAACAAGUCAGCACAGAGAAUGACUCUGCCCUCGCUCACCGCUUCCCCCUGCUGGUGGCUCAUAUGGAGAAACUAAGCCAUACGGAGGAGAACCUGAUGGGCAUGACCAGCUUCCGAGAAGUACUGGAGAAGAUGCUGGUGAUUGUGGUGCUGCCGGUGAGGAAGAGUUUGAGGAAGGAGGUGGAGCUGUUCUCUCCACACCUGGUCUCCAACACCUGUGGUCUGCUGGCCUCCAUCGUCUCCGAGCUCACCGCCUCUGCUCUUGGCUCUGAGGUUGAUGGACUGAACUCGCUCCAUUCCGUGAAAGCGUCUCCCAACCGGUUCACCAAAACGAGCCAGGGCCGGAGUUGGAACACAGGCAAUGGCUCUCCGGAUGCCAUCUGUCUGACAGUGGACAAGCCAGGCGUUGUGCUGGUGGGCGUCUGCGUCUACGGAGGAGGGGGCAUCCAUGAGUAUGAACUGGAGGUGCUGGCAGAUGAUGCGCAGACAGAGCACCCAGGAGACUCAGCACAUUCCCACAGGUGGACGUCCCUGGAGCUGGUGAAGGGCACCUACAGCACUGAUGAUUCUCCCAGUGAUAUUUCAGAGAUUCGCCUGGACAAGGCUGUGCCACUCAAGGAGGGGGUGAAGUAUGCUGUCCGAUUGCGUAACUACGGCAGCCGGACAGCCAAUGGGGAUGGAGGUAUGACCACUGUGCAGUGCUCUGAUGGUGUGUCCUUCACCUUCAGCACAUGCAGCUUGAGUAGCAAUGGGACCAACCAGACCAGAGGACAGAUCCCACAGAUUCUCUACUACAGGAGUGAGUAUGACGGGGAUCUCCAGUCUCAGCUGCUGAGCAAAGCCAAUGAGGAGGACAAGAACUGUAGCAGAGCUCUGUCUGUGGUCAGUGCUGUGGUCAGAGCUGCAAAGGACCUGCUUCACAGAGCUUUUGCUGUCGAUGUGGAUGAUAUUCCUGAGCUAUUAAGUUCCUCCAGCCUCUUCUCCAUGCUCCUGCCCCUUAUCCUGGCCUAUAUUGGCCCUGUGGCUGCAUCCGUGCCCAAGGCUGCUGUUGAGGUCUUUGGACUUGUUCAGGAGCUGCUACCUGCUGUCUCUGCCCUCAACCAAAAAUAUGCCCCACCCACCUUCAAUCCUAACCAGUCAACAGACAGCACGACUGGCAACCAGCCUGAGCAGGGCCUGUCAGCUUGUACCACCUCAAACCACUACUCAGUAAUCGAGAGCGACCACCCUUACAAACAAGCUGGCGUCACACAAUACAGGGUAUCAUUCCCAGACUGUGUCCGCUGGACCACCAUCGAGUUUGAUCCGCAGUGUGGCACAGCGCAGCCAGAGGAUGUCCUUCGCCUGCUCAUCCCCAGCCGUACCCUUCACCUGUCCAGCCUGGGGGGCAAACCUUUGAUCCAUGAUACCAUCAACACUUGGACUGAGCUCAAGAAAUUCUCAGGCUCCACGGGCUGGCCAACCACUGUCCUAGUGCUGCCAGGAAAUGAAGUUCUGUUCUCACUGGAAACCGCCUCAGACUACGUCAAAGAUGAGAAAGCUUGCUUUUAUGGCUUCAAGUGUGUGGCUGUGGGAUAUGAAUUCAACCCUGGUCCUGAUGAGGGCACCAUCCUGCUUGAGAAAGAAUUAGCCUACCUGGGCAGUGUGUGUGCUGCAGCUCUGAUGAAGAAAGACCUGGCCCUACCUAUAGGUAAUGAAUUGGAGGAGGAUCUCGAGAUUCUUGAGGAAGCCUCUCUUCAGGUGUGUAAGUCCCACUCAGGGAUCCUGGGGAAGGGUCUGGCCUUGUCUCACUCCCCCACCAUUCUGGAGGCCCUAGAGGGAAAUCUGCCCCUGCACCUUCAAACCAAUGAGCACUCUUUCCUUGAGGACUUCAUCACCUGUGUACAGAACUCAAGUGGAGGACGUCUGGCCAGGUGGCUACAGCCAGACUCCUAUGCAGACCCCCAGAAGACAUCACUCAUCCUGAACAAAGAUGACAUACGCUGUGGAUGGCCAGCUACUGUGGUUGUACAGACCAAAGACCAGUAUGGGGAUGUGGUGCAUGUUCCUAACAUGAAGGUGGAGGUGAAGGCCGUUCCUGUUUCACAGAAGAAGUCGAUGCAGCCUGAGAAUGUGAAGAAGCUGCAGCGGCUACCUGGAAGCUCCUCGCCUUCGUCCUCUGGCCCUGACCUAACCUUCGGUGGCCUGCCGAUGCCCAAGCUGGAGGCCACGUACGAGCCGAUGAUCGUGAAAGAGGCUCGAUACAUCGCUAUUACCAUGAUGAAGGCAUAUGAAAACUACUCAUUUGAAGAGCUACGCUUUGCUUCCCCGACCCCAAAGAGACCCAGUGAGAACAUGUUGAUUCGUGCCAACACUGAUGGAACCUACAGCGCCAACUGGACUCCUGGAGCUGUAGGCCUCUACACAAUCCACGUCACCAUUGAUGGCAUUGAAAUAGAUGCUGGUUUGGAGGUAGAAGUCAAAGACCCACCCAAAGGCAUGAUACCACCUGGCACUCAGAUGGUCAAACCAAAGGCUGAACCUCAGCCUAGCAAGGUCCGCAAAUUUGUGUCCAAGGACAGCGCAGGCCUGCGUGUGCGUAGUCACCCCUCCCUGCAGAGUGAACAGAUAGGCAUAGUGCAUGUCAAUGGCACCAUCACUUUCAUUGACGAGAUCCACAAUGAUGAUGGUGUGUGGCUCAGGCUCAAUGAUGAAACAGUAAAGAAGUAUGUUCCCAGCAUGAAUGGGUACACUGAAGCCUGGUGCCUCUCUUUUAACCAGCACCUGGGCAGGAGCCUACUGGUCCCAGCCGACGAGGUCAGGGGCCAAUCGGAGGAGAACGUAAAGGAGGUGAGCAGCUGCCCUUCCCACGAGGCCCCCAUUCGGGUGCAGAGCAGGGCAGGGCAGGGCGGCGGCCCGGGGCUUUAUAAGGUAGUGAAGACUGGCCCCUCUGGUCACAACAUCAGAAGCUGUCCAAACCUUAGGGGUAUCCCCAUUGGAAUGUUAGUUCUUGGCAACAAGGUCAAGGCCAUAGGCGAGGUGGUCAACUCAGAGGGGACUUGGGUACAGCUGGAUAAGAACAGUGUAGUGGAGUUCUGUGAGAGUGAUGAAGGAGAGGCCUGGUCACUGGCCAGAGACCGCGGCGGAAAUCAGUACCUUCGCCACGAUGACGAACAAGCACUGCUUGAGCACGGGGCCCAGACCCCGCCACCCAGCCCUUUCUCUGUACAGGCCUUCAACAGAGCCACAGCGUCAAACGGAGCGCAGGGCUUUGACUAUGGCAUCUCCAACAACAAAGGUGACCGGUUGAGUGCCAUACUGAAUUCCAUUCAGUCUGGGCCCUUCCUCUCAGCAGCUCCCUCCUCCUCCGUAUUUGAGCAAGCCGCCCAACCUCCCUCCUCCUCCUCCCUUGUCCACAGCCCAUUUGUGUUUGGACAAUCCCCCUCCCAACUGUCUCAGCCACAACCACAGCUUCUGAGUGAGCGAGGGAACCUGAUGUCCGGUGCACGCCCCAUGUCCCCAGCCUCCAAACACCGGCAGGAGAAUCGCUCGCCCAAGCAGGAGAGUCGCGGAAGCCGUUCGUUGGAACAGAGCAGGAUCAAGACAGGGGAGGGUGGACUCUCAGCCAGUGAGGCCCUCAUCCUGCGCUCAGACACGGGCAAACUGAGGUCUGACUCUCACAGCCGCUCUCACUCGCCCAAUCACAACACUCUGCAGGCCCUAAAGGCAGAUGGGAGAACCCCAGGACUUCGGGCUGAGUCCCCGAACCCUGGCUCUCGCUCCUCCUCCCCAAAACAAAAAGGCGUAUCCUCUUCAGGCAGGUCGAGUCCCUCCAGCACCUCCUCCUCCCAGCUCUCCUCUUCAACUCACCAUGACAAGAACCUCCCACCUAAAGUUAGCCCUUCCUCCAAAGCCCGGCUAGACCCUCCCAGAGAGAGGUCCAAAUCAGAUUCAUACACUUUGGACCCAGACACGCUUAGAAAGAAGAAGGUUCCACUUACAGAGCCACUUAGGGGCAGGUCCACCUCUCCCAAACCCAAACUGUCUCCUAAAGAUCCAAACAAAGGAGUCAUCAGUAAUACAGAGAACCGUGUUCCUUCUCCUCAUGUGACCCAAGAGAACCUCCACAGUGAAGUGGUUGAGGUGUGCACCUCCAGUGCUCUCCUCUCCAACGAGGAUGCCAAUGAUGAGAAUGUUGAGCUCCGUAAUGCUGAGGAGGGAUCAUGCAAGGUGCACUUUAGCAUUGGCAAAGCCCCUGUCAAAGAGGAGCUGGAGAGCCGCUCUUCACCCAAAGUCAGUCGCAAACCCUCCAGUCGACACACGCGCCCUAAGAAGGACAAAUCUGGGCCUCUGUUUAAAGGUGAGAGUACAUCAAGGGUCACAGAGCCUGCCAAACAGGCCAUGUCACCCUCUGUGGCUGAAUGUGCACGGGCAGUCUUUGCAGCAUUCCUGUGGCAUGAGGGUAUUGUCCACGAUGCAAUGGCCUGCUCCUCCUUCCUCAAGUUCAACCCAGACUUAACCAAAGAGCACGCCCCCAUCCGCAGCUCCCUGGGAGGACAGGGUGCUGAGGAGAAGGAGAGCAAGUUAAAGAACCGCCACUCCUUAGAGAUUUCCUCUGCACUUAACAUGUUUAAUAUUGCUCCACAUGGCCCAGACAUCUCCAAAAUGGGAAGCAUCAACAAAAAUAAGGUGCUGUCCAUGCUGAAAGAACCCCCGCUGCCAGAGAAGUGUGAGGACGGCAAAGGAGAUGCCAUUUCCUAUGAGACAACUUCUCAUCCCUCUUUGAGGGCGAAGUCAAUCUUGCCGUUAACAUUACAACAUCUGGUGGCAUUCUGGGAGGACAUUUCUAUGGCCACCAUCAAGGCAGCCACUCAGAACAUGAUCUUCCCCAGCCCUGGGUCCAGUGCCAUCCUGAAAAAGAAGGAACAUGAGAAAGACAGUAAAAAGUCAAAGAAGGAGAAGAAGAAAAGGGAGAAGGCUGAGGUGCGCCCAAGAGGCAAUCUGUUUGGAGAGAUGGCACAGCUCGCCAUGGGUGGACCGGAGAAAGACACCAUCUGUGAACUGUGUGGGGAAUCUCACCCUUACCCUGUCACCUACCAUAUGAGACAGGCUCACCCAGGUUGUGGCCGCUAUGCUGGAGGCCAGGGCUACAACAGCAUUGGCCACUUCUGUGGUGGUUGGGCUGGGAACUGUGGAGAUGGAGGCAUAGGAGGCAGCACCUGGUACCUGGUGUGUGAUCGCUGUCGGGAAAAAUACCUGAGAGAGAAACAGACGGCUGCUAGGGAAAAGGUGAAGCAAUCCAGGAAGAAACCUCUGCAGGUGAAGACCCCAAGGGCGCUGCCCACUAUGGAGGCCCACCAGGUGAUCCGGGCGAACGCUUUGUUCCUGCUGUCCCUCAGCAGUGCUGCAGAGCCCAGCAUGCUGUGCCAUCACCCUCCCCGGCCCCUGCACUCCCAGCUGCUUCCCAGCCUCAAGGAGGGAGUGUCAGACGAACUCCCCAAUAAAAUGGGCUGCCUCUACCUUCAGACACUAGCUAGGCAACACACUGAGAACUUUGGGGCCUACCCAGAUGAUAACCUCUUCCAAGAUGAGAUGAGGUAUUUGCGCUCAACAUCUGUACCCGCGCCCUACAUUUCAGUCACACCUGACGCCUGUCCUAAUGUGUUUGAGGAACCAGAGAGCAACAUGAAAUCAAUGCCUCCCAGUCUUGAGACCAGUCCAAUCACAGACAGCGACACGGCGAAGCGAACAGUGUUUCAGAGGUCUUACUCAGUCGUAGCGUCUGAGUAUGACAAGCAGCACUCACCUUCUCCAGCCCGGGUCAAAGCUGUGCCCAGACGCAGGGUCCAUAGUGGUGAUGCAGAGGUGGGAUCAUCCCUGUUGCGGCACCCAUCUCCUGAGCUAUCCAGGCUGAUCUCAGCCCAUGGCUCCCUCAGUAAGGGGGAGAGGAACUUCCAGUGGCCUGUCCUGGCUUUUGUUAUCCAGCACCAUGACCUAGAGGGCCUGGAGGUGGCCAUGAGGCAUGCACUGAGGAAGUCUGCCUGCAGGGUGUUUGCCAUGGAGGCAUUCAACUGGCUGCUGUGCAAUGUGAUCCAGACCACCUCCCUGCACGACAUCCUUUGGCAUUUUGUAGCAUCUCUUACCCCAUCACCUUUUGAACCUGAGGACGAGGAAGAUGAUGAGAACAAGGGGAACAAAGAAAUCGUGGAACAGGAAAGAGACCUUGGCGUUUGUGAACAUCCUCUGUCAGACAUUGUUAUUGCUGGGGAGGCAGCUCAUCCACUCCCCCACACCUUCCACCGCCUCCUUCAGACCAUCUCUGACCUCAUGAUGUCACUCCCUAGUGGCAGCUCACUUCAGCAGAUGGCGCUUAGAUGCUGGAGUCUCAAGUUCAAGCAGUCCGACCAUCAGUUCCUCCACCAGAGCAAUGUUUUCCAUCACAUCAACAAUAUCUUGUCCAAGUCAGAUGAUGGAGACAGCGAGGAGAGCUUCAACAUCAGUGUGCAGUCAGGCUAUGAAGCAAUGAGCCAGGAUCUCUGCCUGGUGACCUGUCUGAAGGAUCUCACGAGUGUAGUAGACAUCAAGACGUCCAGUCGUCCAGCCAUGAUUGGCAGCCUAACUGACGGCUCCACAGAGACCUUCUGGGAGUCUGGAGAUGAGGACAAGAACAAAACCAAGAGCAUUACCAUCAGCUGUGUGAAAGGCAUUAAUGCCUCCAAUGUGUCUGUUCAUGUGGACAACUCCAGAGACAUCGGGAACAAAGUGACAUCAGUGACAUUCCUGUGUGGAAAAGCAAUAGAGGACCUCUGCAGAAUCAAGCAGGUUGACCUGGACUCACGUCACAUGGGCUGGGUGACGAGCGAGCUUCCUGGAGGGGAUCAUCAUGUGAUCAAGGUGGAACUGAAAGGCCCAGAGAACACCCUGAGGGUACGCCAGGUGAAGGUCCUCGGUUGGAAAGAGGGCGAGAGCAUCAAGAUCCUCGGACAGAUCUCAGCCAGCAUGGCCCAGCAAAAGAACUGUGAGGCUGAGACUCUACGAGUGUUUCGCCUCAUCACCUCACAGGUCUUUGGAAAACUCAUCUGUGGAGAUGCAGAGCCAACUCCAGAACAGGAGGAGAAAAACCUCCUUUCCUCACCUGAGGGAGAAGACAAGGCUCCGUCUGAUGCAGACCUUAAAGAGCACAUGGUGGGAAUCAUUUUUAGCAGGAGCAAGCUGACCAACCUCCAGAAGCAGGUGUGUGCGCACAUAGUCCAGGCCAUUCGUAUGGAGGCCACACGUGUGAGGGAGGAGUGGGAGCACGCCAUCUCCAGCAAAGAGAACGCUAACUCGCAGCCCAGUGACGAUGAUGCCUCCUCAGAUGCCUACUGCUUUGAGCUCCUGUCCAUGGUUCUGGCUCUGAGUGGCUCCAAUGUGGGCCGCCAGUACCUAGCUCAGCAGCUAACACUCAUGCAAGACUUAUUUUCUCUGCUGCACACGGCUUCCCCGAGAGUACAGAGACAGGUCACGUCACUGCUUCGGCGCGUCCUUCCAGAGGUUACACCAGUGCGACUUGCCAGCAUCAUUGGAGUGAAGGCUCUGCCGCCAGCAGACAUCAGCGACAUCAUCCACUCCACAGAAAAGGGUGACUGGAACAAGCUCUGCAUCCUUGACAUGUUCCUGGGCUGCAUCGCAAAAGCCCUCACUGUGCAGCUGAAAGCCAAAGGCACCACCAUCUCUGGCACUGCCGGCAUGGCUGCCGGCAAAGGGGUCACCACUGUCACGCUGCCCAUGAUCUUCAACUCCAGCUACAUCCGCAGAGGGGAGAGCCACUGGUGGAUGAAAGGCUCCACUCCUCCUCAGAUAGCAGAGAUCAUCAUAAAGCUGGUUAAAGACAUGGCAGCUGGCCACCUGUCAGAUGCUUGGUCCAGAGUCACCAAAAAUGCAAUAGCUGAGACCAUCAUAGCCCUGACCAAAAUGGAGGAGGAGCAUCGGUCUCCUGUGCGCUGUAUCGCCACCACAAGGCUGUGGCUGGCCUUAGCUUCGCUGUGUGUGCUGGACCAGGACCAUGUUGACAGGUUGUCCUCUGGUCGCUGGAUGGGCAAAGAUGGACAGCAGAAGCAGAUGCCCAUGUGUGACAACCAUGACGAUGGUGAGACGGCAGCCAUCAUCCUGUGCAACAUGUGUGGCAACCUAUGCACCGACUGUGACCGCUUCCUCCACCUGCACCGACGCACACGCUCUCACCAGAGACAGGUGUUCAAGGAGGAAGAGGAGGCCAUAAAGGUGGAUCUCCAUGAAGGCUGUGGGAGGACCAAGCUCUUCUGGCUCAUGGCUCUGGCAGACUCUAAGACUAUGAAGGCUAUGGUGGAGUUCAGAGAGCACACAGGUAAACCAGCCUCCAGCAGCUCAGAUGCCUGCAGGUUCUGUGGUACGAGGAAUGGAACAGAGCUGUCGGCAGUGGGCAGUGUCUGCUCAGACCCAGACUGCCAGGAGUACGCUAAACUGGCCUGCAGUAAAACUCAUCCUUGUGGACACCCCUGUGGAGGAGUCAAGAAUGAGGACAGCUGCCUUCCAUGUCUGCAUGGCUGUGACAAGAACACUGGCUGUCUGAAACAGGAUGCAGAUGACAUGUGUAUGAUCUGCUUCACAGAGGCGCUCUCUGCUGCUCCUGCAGUACAGCUGGACUGCACUCAUGUGUUCCACCUUCAGUGUACUCGUCGUGUGCUUGAAAAUCGCUGGCUCGGGCCCCGAAUCACAUUUGGGUUCAUGUUAUGUCCCAUUUGUAAGAACAAAAUCAAUCACUCUGUGAUCAAGGACCUGCUCGACCCAAUUAAAGAGCUCUAUGAGGAUGUGAGGAGAAAGGCUCUGAUGAGGCUGGAGUAUGAGGGUCUACAUAAGAGUGAGGCGAUAACUACACCAGGAGCACGUUUCCACAACGACCCUGCAGGCUUUGCCAUGAACAGAUAUGCAUACUAUGUCUGCUACAAGUGCAAGAAGGCCUAUUUUGGGGGAGAGGCUCGCUGCGAUGCGGAGGCAGGACAGGGAGAUGACUACGACCCCAGCGAGCUGAUCUGUGGAGCGUGUUCGGAUGUCUCCAGGGCUCAGAUGUGCUCCAAGCAUGGCACAGACUUCCUGGAGUAUAAGUGCCGGUACUGCUGCUCUGUGGCUGUUUUCUUCUGCUUUGGCACCACACACUUCUGCAACGCCUGCCAUGACGACUUCCAGAGGAUGACCAGUGUCCCCAAGGAGGAACUCCCCCAUUGUCCUGCAGGGCCCAAAGGCAAGCAGCUGGAGGGUACGGAGUGCCCUUUACAUGUGGUUCACCCCCCAACGGGGGAGGAGUUCGCACUGGGCUGUGGGGUGUGCAGAAAUGCCCACACCUUCUAAACAACAAGACUUUUACUGAAAACCAGUUCGUCUACUGUGAUUUCUGGCUGCUGCUGAAGCCCAGCCGUGAAACUCGGCUCUUGCAUUGUCAAGUCUCCUGGACACUGGACCAGGUUUCUGCUCUACGUCAAGAGUCCUCAGGUCUGCUCUUCUACCAACAUCAGUAUCCAGGCUCUGCCACCAACACGAGCUGCGACUCCUUGGGAUUCAGAGUAACCUGAACGGGGGGAAAAGAACAAUAGAGUUUUAAAAAAGAAGAAAAAAAAAAAGAAAAUAACUUGUGACGUGUUUGCAUGCGGCCGUUGUAUUCCCUCGGCUUCUAUAGACGUUGCACACCUCCUGAUCACUGAAGUGUAACAGAUUAAACAUUGAAUAUGAAAUAAAUUUGCUUAAAGGCAACUGUGGAUCAGCGUGGGUUUAAAAAAAAAAAGGAACAGGCCGUAUUUCCAGCUUCCUAACUAUAAAUUUAAAACAUUGUUGUAUGUAAACUUUUUUU